GCGGGGGCGGGAGCGCGGCCGCGACCCGGUGGGGUGAGGAGAGGAGGAGCGGCCGGUCCCGCCUCCUCCUUCUCCUCCUCCUGCCCGCGGCUCCCGGUGCUGCCGGUCCCGCCUCCUGCUCCCCGCGGCUCCGGUGCCGCCGAGGCCUGCCCCGGCCCUGACUCGCCGGUCCCCGGGGCGCCGCAGAGCCAUGGCGCAGCGAAGGGUGGCGGAGCGCGGGCCUUGCCAGGCGGCGGCGGCGGCGGAGAGCGCCAGGCACCAGCGGCAGCUUCUGGAAGGGAAAGCUCUUGCAGAAGGUGGAUCAGCUCGGACAUCACUUCUUAUUUUAGUGUCCAUCUUCUUAUCAGCUGCUUUCCUUAUGUUUCUGGUAUAUAAAAAUUUCCCACAACUUAGUGAAGAAGAAAGAGAAUGUAUAAAGGUUCCUAGAGAUAUGGAUGAUGCAAAGGCCUUGGGAAAAGUCUUGUCCAAAUACAAGGACACAUUUUACGUUCAAGUGUUAGUGGCUUAUUUUGCUACAUACGUUUUCUUACAAACAUUUGCUAUUCCUGGUUCUAUAUUCCUCAGUAUCCUGUCAGGGUUUCUUUAUCCCUUUCCACUGGCCUUAUUUCUUGUUUGUUUGUGCUCAGGACUUGGAGCUUCAUUCUGCUAUAUGCUGUCAUACCUAGUGGGACGUCCUGUUGUGUACAGAUAUUUAACAGAAAAAGCAGUAAAAUGGUCAGAACAGGUUGAACGACAUAGAGAACAUCUCAUUAACUACAUAAUAUUUUUGAGAAUAACACCUUUCCUCCCCAACUGGUUUAUCAAUAUCACAUCUCCUGUAAUCAACGUGCCAUUGAAAGUGUUUUUCAUUGGCACUUUCCUAGGUGUAGCACCACCGUCUUUUGUAGCCAUUAAGGCAGGAACAACGCUGUACCAGCUUACAACAGCAGGGGAAGCUGUUUCCUGGAACUCUGUUUUUGUUCUCAUGAUUCUAGCCAUCCUCUCCAUCCUACCAGCUCUCUUCCAGAAGAAGCUGAAACAGAAGUUUGAAUAAGGAUCAAACUGGACCAGAAUUUCCCAUACUUCCUCUCAGGAUCAGCACUUCUGAUAUUUGUAUAUUUGCUUUUCUAUUGGAUCUUAAGCAAUUAUAGGGGAGGCUUGUGAUUGAUAAGAAUGUCUUUAAAUGAACACAUGACCUUAAACUGAAGGAAAUGUGUUCAGAAAUGUACUGCAUAUAGUUUUGUAACCAAACACCAGUGUUUUACUUUGGGAUGGUGUGUGUGUGGCCCUCAGGAUGAGGGAGGUGAGAACAUAGAUGUAACAUUUUGCUCUAGUUACAUGCAGAGCAAAAAUUGUGACGUAGACAUAAACUACAGGUGAUGCUCUCUAACACUUGCAGGAAAACCCCCUGAACUAUUCAGUCCAACUUUGUAACAUUCUCUGUAGGCUUGCAUGUGGUCUGGUCUGAGUGCAUUUGUCACUAACAAUAUUUCCCUUCUUUUUUGCCUUGGGGAGUUUCAAAAUAAUGUAACGGUGCUCACUCAGAAACAAAGGUUCUUUGCAGUACUUUGACUACAAUGUUAUUCUCAUCCUGGUUGUUUACUUCUAUUUAUUAGUGCUGUAUGGAAUUAAAUACUUGAACCUACAUCUGCUUUACUUACUGGAUUAACAAAGGCAAAGUGUCACUUCAUUCCCUCUUGGUCCCUGUAAAGUUUUAUUCUGGGAGCAGAUACAGGAAGGGAGGGAGCGGCUUAGAAUUCUUAUCUUGGCUAGCUGAUGAUUUUUAAGUUCUAAUUUUCAUUUUCUAAUGUUGAUUAUUUUGCCAAUAUUUCACUUGCAUAGAUUUAUCCUGCCAACUUAAAAAAGUGAUGGUAUGAUUAUAUAAAACUUGCAGUUUUCAAGUGAUUUAAAAACACUUAAGCAGUGUAAUGUUACCAUUUCUCAAGCAAUAUGUAAAGAGUAUAAAUUUUCUCAUUGCAGCUUGAUUAGCUUAAAGAAAUGUCAGGUACACAAACUGGUGCAGUUCCUGUCAAACAGCUGAUCCCAAAUAAUCUUCAGAGCACCAUGGAACAGCAGGCUCUUGUGUCGGUGUAUAUAAAAAUGGGGGUUCCAUUGCCUGCCAAGGCAGUGACUGGCAGUGGGCAGCCAGCCAUGACUCACCUUCAGUAGCAGUCUGUAUUCUCUCAGUAAGGUACAAGAUGCCUUCCCCUGUGCUUCCAGCUGUGGUAGUUUGUUGUGUUGUCAGUGGAACCCCAUCAAACAAGGCCCUGGGCAGUGAGGAGCUGGGGAGCACGCUGGUGUUUUAUCUGACUGAAACCAGUGCUGCUCAUGUGGUUUGAGCUGAUGCCCCUGCAGUGUCCUGCUGGAAAGGGACUCAACACAUCAGCAUGUGCUCCAGUUCCAGGGUUUAUCUGUCUGUGUCCUUGUGUCAACUCGUGAUCAUAUCAUAGAUCUUCGAGAUGUAAGAGAACAGUUCAUGAAUGUGAUAAUGUAAAAGGUACUGACUGGUACCUUUAAAGGGUUUAUUCAUUUUUGUAACAUAAUGUUAAUUGACUGCUUCAUUUCAUCACAGUAUUACUUGUAAAUAUAUAGUAAAUAUUACUGAUA